AUGUUCUUAACCGGUUUGUCCUGUCACAAAGUCAUAUAUGCGGAGCCUGAGGCUGAAAUCGAUAUGCUAGAGGCGCCCGAGUGGGAUGUGGACAGCUUCGAUGGUUUGGAUUAUUAUUCAUCUCCCGAUACGGACUAUUCCUCUGGUGACGAGAUGCCUUAUCCUGACAUGGAAAAGGCUAAUAAACACUAUCGGAUCUACAAACGCCAAAUCAUCGAGAGCAAGGGUUUUUACGCGGAGCGAGAGUUUAGCCUAUUCUAUAACUACAAGAGCAUCUUCUCAAUUCCUUUGGAACUUGAAGCACUUGAAGGUAAAACCUUUCGUCAGUUCUGGGAAGAUAUGGUGCAUGUCUGUCUCCAAAAACACAAGCAAGAUAAGGCUAGUUCUCUAUUCUCAUUGUUGGAUUUGAAUGUUGAGUUUGUUGAAGUGGUGAGAGGUAAUUUUCACGGAGGACCAAGAUCAAAGUCAUACAUUACAUUUAUGGCGAGGGAGAAGCCUGAUGGACCUCUUGUGGAGUAUCAAGCCAAGUCUAUGCUUACUUUGGACGGUAAGAUGCAUCCCAUCCUCUGUAGACCGUCUCCUAUACCAAAGCUUCCAAAGCCAAUACUAUAA